UGGAGGAGCGGAAUAUUCCCGCGGGACGCGUCACUGGAGGAACGUGAAAGCUGGAGUGGUCGAGAAAGAAAAGGAAGGAACAAGAAAUGGGAACGGUGGAAAGUAACCGAGAGCCGGCGCCGACACGUCAUCCGGGACAAGCAGAUGUGGUGGGAGUCCAUCCAAGCAGGGCGGUUGCGGGUGUCGGCGCUGGAUCUGGAAGCUCGGAGGCAGCACGUGGAGCAGGGGGCGUGUCCGCCGGCUGGAGGAAUGCGAUGCAGCCGGAAGCUGGCGUGGUGUGGCCCGUUCUGGGCUCGGCGCGUUAUUUCGGACGUCGCGGCGGCCUUAUCCGGACACGCGGGCCACCUGCAGCGCCGCCGGAUACCCGACACCAGCGCCGCCCUCUCCCGCGCUGCUCAUCUGGCCAGACGACCGGGAGACGCUGCUCUGCGUCGGAUAUCGGGUGUGGUAGUACAAGUGUUCCAGACAAAUGGUUUAGUUUCCUUCAAAACAGCGCACAAUCCACUGCAGAGCGGAGAUAUUCUGGAACAAAUCCCCCAUUUUGGCCUUUCUCCCAACAGUCGUGAUUCCACAAGGUGUGCAAGACAACUUCCAUUUUCCUUGGAAGGUAGAAGAGAAGCACAAAUUCUGUCCCGAGAGGGCCGGUAGUAUCGGGAAGUGUUGCAGAUAGGAAGAGAAUCCAGCAACGCUUUGCCACUAACAUUGCCAAAUCUAUCUACAUCUAUCUACAUCUACACCCAUACUCUGCAAGCCACCUGACGGUGUGUGGUGGAGGGUACCUUGAGUACCUCUAUCGGUUCUCCCUUCUAUUCCAGUCUCGUAUUGUUCGUGGAAAGAAAGACUGUCGCGUAUGCAUCUGUGUGGGCUCUAAUCUCUCUGAUUUUAUCCUCAUGGUCUCUUCGCGAUAUAUACGUAGGAGGGAGCAAUAUACUGGUUGACUCCUCGGUGAAGGUAUGUUCUCGAAACUUCAACAAAAGCCCGUUCCGACCUACUGAGCGUCUCUCCUGCAGAGUCUUCCACUGGAGUAUAUCUAUCAUCUCCGUAACGCUUUCGCGAUUACUAAAUGAUCCUGUAACGACGCGCGCUGCUCUCCGUUGGAUCUUCUCUAUCUCUUCUAUCAACCCUAUCUGGUACGGAUCCCACACUGGUGAGCAAUAUUCAAGCAGUGGGCGAACAAGUGUGCUGUAACCUACUUCCUUUGUUUUCGGAUUGCAUUUCCUUAGGAUUCUUCCAAUGAAUCUCAGUCUGGCAUCUGCUUCACCGACGAUCAACUUUAUAUGAUCAUUCCAUUUUAAAUCACUCCUAAAUCCUUCUCCCAGAUAAUUUAUGGAAUUGACUGCUUCCAGUUGCAGACCUGCUAUAUUGUAGUUAAAUGAUAAAGGAUCUUUCUUUCUGUGUAUUUGCAGCACAUUACACUUGUCUACACUGAGAUUCAGUUGCCAUUCCCUGCACCAUGCGUCAAUUUGUUGCAGAUCCUCCUGCAUUUCAGUACAAUUUUCCAUUGUUACAACCUCUCGA